UAACACUCAAGUGUUAUCUUAUCUUUUUUCGACAGCGAAAAAAUAAAUAUUCGAAAUAUUUCAAUAUUUUCCAAGUAUUUCGCUGAAAUCUCCAGCUUUCAAGUUAUUCUUUAUUCGAAAUGUUGAAAAAUUAGAACUAAAGACAUGGAUAGCCGACAUGUAGUUUUGGGCUUGUAUCGCGGAUCAAUCUCGAAGAUCUACGAUCUAACAUCAUGUUCGUGUUUCGAUGGAUGUGUUGCUGUGGUUUUUUAAUAACUCAGUAUGAUACGAGCGUCGUCCAUUCCAAAAUGAUAUCUUCGAAGGAAGGAUUGGAGAAGGUAGAUCAGUGCGAAGAAGUCCCAAGGAGGAAAUAUGGAUUACAAAGGGCUACAAAUGUAACUUUCCAGAAACAUCAUGUGUCUCGCGAUAAACGUGGCCAUAUCUUGGGAAGACAUCGAGGCUUUCGCGGAUGCACCGUGUGGUUCACAGGAUUAUCUGGCGCCGGUAAAACCUCGAUCUCGUUCCAGUUGGAGGAAUGGCUCAUCUCACGUGGAAUAUCAGCUUACGGAUUGGACGGUGACAAUAUUCGUACCGGAUUGAAUAAAGAUUUAGAAUUUACCAAGGGAGAUCGCGAAGAAAAUAUACGUCGAGUGGCCGAGGUGGCGAAAUUGUUCGCUGAUAGUGGGACUAUCGCGUUGUGCAGUUUUGUUUCUCCUUUUGCCAAGGAUCGAGAAAUGGCUAGAAAAAUCCACGAGGCGGCUGAAUUGCCAUUUUUUGAAGUUUUUGUCGAUACUCCUUUCGAAGUCUGCGAAGAUCGAGAUGUCAAAGGACUGUAUAAGAAAGCCAGAGCUGGUAAUAUCAAAGGAUUUACUGGUAUCGAUCAACAAUACGAAAGACCUGAAAACCCUGAUUUAAUCGUUCGAACAGCCGAUCGUACUAUCGAAGACAGCAUGUUCCAAGUUAUCCAGCUGCUAGAAGAAAAGGAAAUCAUUCCAGUACAAAGUCGCGAAAGCGAUACCGUUCCUGAAUUAUUCGUGGCUGAAAAUAAAAUCACCAGUGUCAGUCGAGAAAUGGAUGAGUUACAUUCGUUGGACAUUUCCAAAGUCGAUUUACAAUGGGUUCAAGUGAUCAGCGAGGGAUGGGCUGCUCCACUCAAAGGAUUUAUGACUAAAGAACAAUAUUUACAAGCAUUGCAUUUCAAUCAGUUGCCGAAACAAAACGAGCACCUUGACGAAAUCAAUCACUCCAUCUUGAUCGUUCUGCCAGUUUCGACAGCUGAUAAAGAACGUCUGGAAGAAGUCGGUUCGUUCAAAUUAUGUUACGAAGGUAAACCAUACGCGAUCAUUCGUAAACCACAAUUCUACCCUCACCGUAAAGAAGAACGUGUCGCUAGACAAUUCGGAACCACCCAUAAAGAUCAUCCCUAUAUCAAAAUGAUUUACGAAAGCGGUGACUGGCUGGUUGGCGGUGAUCUCGAAGUAUUGGAGAGAAUACGGUGGAACGACGGUCUAGACCAGUAUCGCCUUACACCGAACGAAUUACGAACAAAAUUCAAAGAAAUGCGAGCCGAUGCUGUAUUUGCUUUCCAAUUACGUAACCCUAUCCAUAACGGACACGCUUUACUGAUGCAAGAUACCAGACGUGAGCUACUGAGCACAGGAUACAAGAACCCCGUCCUGUUGCUGCAUCCUUUAGGUGGUUGGACCAAAGACGACGAUGUACCUUUACCUGUUCGCAUCCGUCAACAUCAGGCUGUCUUGGAAGAAGGUGUACUGGAUCCUAAAUCAACUGUGUUGGCUAUUUUCCCAUCCCCAAUAUACUACGCCGGACCGACCGAAGUUCAAUGGCAUGCCAAGGCUAGGAUGAUAGCCGGUGCUAAUUUUUAUAUCGUUGGUAGAGAUCCGGCCGGCGUUCCUCAUCCUGAUAAAGAAAAUAAUCCCGGUAAAGAUUUAUACGAUGCUGAGGACGGUGGCAUGGUUUUGAAGAUGGCGCCUGGAUUAAAGGAUCUGGAAAUUGUACCCUUCAGAGUGGCAGCUUAUAAUACAAAGACGAAGAAAAUGGAGUUCUUCGAUCCGGCUAGGAAAGAUGAAUUCUUAUUCAUUUCGGGGACCAAGAUGAGAGGUUUCGCUCGUAAUGGAGAAGAACCUCCAGAAGGUUUCAUGGCUCCUCAAGCUUGGAAAGUUUUAUCUACUUAUUAUCAAGAUAUCACGAAAAAGGCGUAAAAUUCGUUGACAUUCCAUUUUAACAUUUCGUUAUUAUCACGUAUUCCUAAUUUCCUUAAAUUUUUUUUCUCGAGUUACCAUCUCUUUUAUUAUUUCGAGCAUUGGUCUCAAUGAAGAAAAUGAAUCGUGCGGGAUAUUACGUAUUUACCAAUUUUUAUACCUUUGUUGUAUGUAAAUUAUUGUUUGAGUGAAUUGAUUUCAUUAUCGUAUUUUGUUUGCGUGUAUAUUUGUUUUUUGUUGUUGUUUCAUUUGUAUAUUUUUUAUUAUGUACAGAAUAAAGUUAGAGAUGUUUUACCCUGUUACAGUAUGUUUUUGUAUGCGAUUGUGUUAAAUAUACGUAAUCGUCAUUUGUGUCCUAA